UAAGAAUUUGAUCCAAAAAGAGCCCACAACACACACACACACACACACACACACACACACAUUCUCAGACAGCUAGAAGAAGCGUUUGUUGCCAGUACCUGGGGGCUUGAGCAACAGUCCUAUAGCCAGCAAAGUUGACCUUUUUUCAGCCACCAGAUUCAUCCAGGAGAAGCUACCAUUUCCUGUUACACUGAAAAACUAGUGCUUUCGUGAAUGGAAUCAGACAUGGUUAUCCAUAAUGGAGGAUGUCAUUGCAGGAGAGUAAGGUGGCGAGUCCAAGCACCAAGUAGUGUUGUCGCUUGGAACUGCAACUGUUCUGAUUGUUCCAUGAGGGGAAACACUCACUUCAUUGUCCCUUCUGAAAAGUUUGAGCUUCUUGGAGAUUCCAAAGAAUUUCUUACAACCUACACUUUUGGCACGCAUACAGCAAAGCACACAUUCUGUAAGUUUUGUGGCAUAACUUCGUUUUACAUUCCACGAUCAAAUCCAGAUGGGGUUGCGGUUACUUUCAGAUGUGUGGACCCAGGGACUCUCACUCAUGUUGAGAUUAAGCACUAUGAUGGGAGGAAUUGGGAAAGCUCAUACAAUCAGACAGGCAUUGCUUCAUGCUCCCAAGGUACAGACUGAAUUGUCACUCAUUCUUCCACCACUCUCCUCUGUUUCCCUCCCUAGAGGAGAAGUACAACAUUUGGGAAAAACCUUUGUGAUGUCGCUUUUUGGAAAUCCUCAAAGUUGGAAAAUAAAAUUAGCAAUGCCUAAGUGUUGCCCUCGGCCAAAA